AUGGCUGCGAGCAUGCCCUCGCUCAUGGUUGCCUCAACCACAGAUGAUGGGUCGUUCAUGGAAUAUUUGGAUGCUGAGACGAGUGUGCCAUCGUUGGUUAGCAUGUCUUCAUCUGGGUUGAUGGACUCUGAUGAGGAGGAGGUUGACAAAGGGAUAGAGAAGGAGACUGAGGACAAGGAGGUCAGCGGAGGAGUGAUGGAAGAGGAAGGCGAUGUACAAGGCAACUUCAUCAUUGACGUACCCACCGACACUGGCGCAGAACCCUACACCAGCUUUGCAGGUGCUGUCAUUGAGGCCAGUGACACCCCGAAACCCCAGUGCGAACUAUACGACUCAGGAGCCUCACGCCACAUGACCCCAUUCCGCAACCAGCUCAUCAACUACGUCCCUAUUGAUGCUCGACCGAUUACCACUGCCGACAAAUGA